AUAUCAUUAGCAUUAGAAUUAGCAUAUCACUACUCUCAAAAACCCUCUUAUUCAAUUUCUCUCACUACUUUGCCUCAGGAGUUCCGCCUGUCUCUUUCACCACUUUCAUUCUCUUCUCUCUCCUCUGUUUUCAUGGCGUCCAUGAAUAUGAAUCUUUCCUCGCAAAUGUCGCUGUUGAAAGCUGAUGCUUACAAACUCGUUUCUGAUCGUCACCUUUCGAAUUCUAAUGUAGUUUUCCUCAAUGGAUGUAGUAACAUUAUCAGUUCUAGUAAUGUUAAGAUUAGAAAUAGGAAUAGUGGAAAACGAUGCGUUUUAAAGGAUGUUUUUGUUGUUCGGUCUGUUAAGGUUACUGAACCUUCUCCUAGCUUGGAUUCACCUAAUGGCUCCUUCUCUCCUGGUCCUUUCGAGCUUCAGUCAAGUGAUUACCUUGUGACUCGAUCAAAAUCCACUCCAAAUGCUUGGCGAAAAACAAAAAUAGUUUGCACAAUUGGUCCUUCUACUAGCACUCGCGAAAUGAUAUGGAAACUAGCAGAAGAAGGAAUGAAUGUGGCACGAUUAAAUAUGUCACAUGGAGACCAUGCAUCUCAUCUGAAAACCAUUGAAUUCGUCAGAGAAUACAAUGCUCAGUUUAAUGACAAGGUUAUCUCUAUAAUGUUGGAUACCAAGGGUCCUGAAGUUCGAAGUGGAGACGUACCUAGACCAAUCCUACUUAAAGAGGGACACGAGUUCAAUUUUACCAUCCAAAGAGGUGUAAGCACACAUGAUACCGUGAGUGUCAAUUAUGACGACUUUGUUAAUGAUGUGGAGGUUGGAGAUAUGCUUCUAGUUGAUGGUGGAAUGAUGUCACUUGUUGUGAAAUCAAAGACAAAAGACACUGUCAAAUGCGAGGUAAUUGAUGGCGGUGAGCUUAAAUCUAGGCGACAUUUGAAUGUGCGUGGCAAAAGUGCAAAUCUCCCAUCAAUAACCGACAAAGACUGGGAGGAUAUUAAGUUUGGAGUUGACAAUCAAGUUGAUUUCUAUGCUGUUUCCUUUGUGAAAGAUGCUAAAGUAGUUCAUGAAUUGAAAAAUUACCUUAAAAGCUGCAAUGCAGAUAUUCAUGUUAUAGUAAAAAUCGAAAGUGCAGAUUCCAUUCCAAACCUUCAUUCGAUAAUUUCGGCAUCAGAUGGGGCAAUGGUUGCUCGUGGAGAUCUUGGAGCUGAGCUUCCUAUAGAGGAUGUGCCUAUAUUGCAGGAGGAAAUCAUUAAGAGAUGUCACAGCAUGCAUAAACCAGUUAUUGUAGCGACUAAUAUGCUAGAGAGCAUGAUUGAUCAUCCCACACCUACGAGGGCAGAAGUUUCUGAUAUUGCAAUCGCUGUUAGAGAAGGUUCUGAUGCGAUUAUGCUUUCUGGAGAAACUGCUCAUGGAAAGUACCCCUUGAAGGCUGUAAAGGUGAUGCAUAGUGUAGCUCUGAGGACUGAGUCGAGUUUAAAACCCACUAAUGAUAGUCCUCCUGUGCCAUCGAGUGUGUACAAGAGUCAUAUGGGCGUGAUGUUUGCUUUCCAUGCAACUACAAUGGCCAACACGCUUGGUACUCCAGUCAUUGUAUUCACAAGAUCAGGAUCCAUGGCUAUUCUUUUGAGCCAUUUUCGACCGUCUUCAACAAUCUUUGCCUUCACUAAUGAGCAAAGGGUAAAGCAGAGGCUGACUUUAUAUCACGGUGUGAUGCCCAUAUAUAUGGACUUUUCAGAUGAUGCUGAGGAAACAUUUUCCCGAGCUUUGCAUUUAUUGAUGAGCAAGGCACUAUUAAAAGAGGGACAGCAUGUUACACUGGUCCAGAGUGGAGCACAACCUAUCUGGCGUGAAGAAUCCACUCAUCACAUACAAGUCCGUAAAGUCAAAGGGUAACAUGUUCUGUACAUGCUGUUCUUUACUUGAUGCUGGAAUUACGGAGGUACUGGAUUCUGGAUAGUAUAAGGUCCUAUUUAUUUAAUAGCACACUUCAAAAUUUUCAUACAUAGGUUUGAAAGAAAUUUCUACAUUUGCAAAUCUUUUAGCAGAUGUUUUGCUUUUGGUUUGACUGUUGAAUGUUGAGUUAUUUAAUUAUACAGAAGUAGCUUGGUAUCUACAAAUUUCUUUUUGGCAUGUACUGGAUUGUAAAUUUAUUUGUAGCUGUAAUAAUGACUCUUAGCAAUUUCAGAAAUAGCUUUUUUUA